AUGCAUCCACUUGCCUCAUUAUCAAGAAUAGGAGUGGCUGACAAUGGGAAUUUCAUGCAUCCGGCAUGGAGAGAACUGAAUGGCAAAUCAGGUUCAGCAUUCUUCCUCUUGGUGAACCUAGGAGCCCCUCUUCACACAUCCAGGAAGCCGUCUCCCACCCGGCCGGCCCUCACCACCCUCCCCAUUGCAUGCCAAGGCGGCCAUAAGUGCCCAAGACUAGGCCCGCAUGCAGUCGCCAUGCCUCCCCCAGGAAACGCAGGCCCCACAGCGGCCAAGAACACAGCCCAUGCUUAA